CAUUGGGGCGUAUUUGGAUCGGGGGACAAUAAACAUUGAAGUCCAGCUGCAAAAUGGACCAGGCAAUGCCCAACCAGCCCAAGUUCCUGCCCCGCGUCGAGGGCAACUCGUACGUGGCCACCGCCUCGGGCAAUCCCUUCGAGACAGACGAGGAGGAGGAGAUCUUCAGCAGGCACAAGAUGGUGCUCCGGGUGCCCAGCCACUGCACCGGCGACCUGAUGCACCUGGCCGUCUCGCGCAACUGGCUGCUCUGUCUGAUGGGCACCGCGGAUCGCACCACCCUGCUCCGCUUCUUCCUGCCCCGCGCGAUUCCUCCGGGUGAGGCUGCCCUGGAGAAGUACCUCUCGGGCUCCGGCUACAAGAUAACGCGCCUGUUCCUGGACCCCACUGGCCACCACCUCAUCAUCGCGCUGGUGCCCAAGUCGGCCUCCGCGGGCGUCUCGCCCGACUUCCUGUACAUCCACUGCCUCGAGUCGCCGCAGGCGCAGCAGCUCAAGGUGCGCCGCAUCGAGAAGUUCAAGGACCACGAGAUCACGGCCGUCGCCUUCAAUCCGUACCACGGCAGCGACUCCUCGACGGGCCCCAUCCUCCUGGGCACGAGUCGCGGCCUCAUCUUCGAAACGGAGCUGAAUCCCGCCGCCGAUGGCCACGUGCAGCGCAAGCAGCUGUACGAUCUGGGCCUGGGUCGUCCCAAGUAUCCCAUCACGGGCCUCAGACUGCUGCGGGUGCCCAAUAGCAGCCGGUACAUAGUGGUGGUCACCAGUCCCGAGUGCAUCUACACAUUCCAGGAGACGCUGAAGCCCGAGGAGCGCUCGCUGCAGUCCAUCUUCGCCGGCUAUGUGAGCGGCGUGCAGGAGCCGCACUGCGAGGAGCGCAAGACCGACCUGACCUACUCGCAGCUGCGCUUCUUCGCCCCUCCGAACAGCAAGUACCCGAAGCAGUGGGCCUGGCUGUGCGGCGAGGGCAUCCGCGUGGGCGAGCUCUCCAUUGAGGCCAACAGCGCCACCACGCUGAUAGGCAGCACACUGAUCAACCUGGACUUUGAGAAGGCCAUGCAUCUGUCGUACGAGGAGCGGCGCCUGAACAUCCCCAAGUCCUUCGUGCUGACCGAGUACCAUGCCGUGCUCCUCUACGCCGAUCACAUACGGGCCAUCUGCCUGCUCAACCAGGAGCAGGUCUACCAGGAGACCUUCGACGAGUCGCGGCUGGGCAGGCUGCUGAACAUUGAGCGCGACGAGAUGACCGGCUCCAUCUACGUGUACACCACGCGGACCGUCUUCAAUCUGCGGGUGACGCGCGAGGAGCGCAACGUGUGGCGCAUCUACCUGGACAGGGGCCAGUACGAGCUGGCCACCGCCCACGCGGCCGAGGAUCCCGAGCACCUGCAGCUCGUCCUGGGUCAGCGGGCGGACGCGGCCUUCGCGGAAGGGUCCUACCAGGUGGCGGCCGACUACUACGCCGAGACGGACAGGUCCUUCGAGGAGGUGUGCCUCAAGUUCAUGGUCCUGCCGGACAAGCGGCCCAUCAUCGACUACGUGAAGAAGCGCCUCGGCCGACUGACCACCAGGAAGCAGAUGGAAGAGGAGGACGUCGAGGACUCGGACGAGGCGAACAGCAUCAAGGCUCUGGUCAUCUGGCUGAUCGACCUCUACCUCAUCCAGAUCAACAUGCCCGACCAGGACGACGAGGGGCGGCGGGCGUGGCAGGCGGAGUACGACGAGUUCAUGCUGGAGGCCCCGGUGCUCGCCUGCAUGCGCCAGAAUCGCGAGGCCGUCCAGCAGCUGAUCGCCGAGCACGCGGAUCCGCACAACAUGGCCCGGUUCGCCAUCGCCAUCGGCGACUACGACGAGGUGGUGGCGCAGCAGCUGAAGGCCGAGUGCUACGCGGAGGCCCUGCAAACGCUGAGCACGCAGCGCAACCCGGAGCUCUUCUACAAGUACGCUCCGCAGCUGAUGGUCAAGCUGCCGAAGCCCACCGUGGACGCUUUGAUGGCCCAGAGCUCCCGGCUGGAGGUGGAGAAGCUGGUGCCCACGCUUAUUGCCAUGGAGAACCGCGAGCAGCGGGAGCAGACGCAGCGCUACCUCGAGUUCGCCGUCUACAAGCUGAACACCACGAACGACGCCAUCCACAACUUCCUGCUGCACCUGUACGCCGAGCACGAGCCGAAGCUGCUGAUGAAGUACCUCGAGAUCCAGGGGCGCGACGAGAGCCUCGUGCACUACGACAUCCACUACGCGCUGAAGGUGUGCAGCGAUCUGCAGGUGAAGGAGGCCUGCGUCUUCCUCGAGUGCCUGCUGCGCAAGUGGAUCGCCGCCGUGGAGCUGGCCCUCACGUUCGACAUGAAGCUGGCGAAGGAGACGGCCUCGCGGCCCUCGGACAGCAAGCUGCGCCGCAAGCUGUGGCUUCGAAUAGCCUAUCACGACAUCAAGGGCACCAACGACGUGAAGAGGGCGCUCAAUCUGCUCAAGGAGUGCGAUCUGCUGCGCAUCGAGGACCUGCUGCCCUUCUUCUCCGACUUCGAGAAGAUCGACAACUUCAAGGAGGCCAUCUGCGAUGCCCUGAGUGACUACAAUCAGCGCAUCCAGGAGCUGCAGCGCGAGAUGGCCGAGACCCAGGAACAAUCCGAUCGCGUGGUCGCCGAGCUGCAGCAGGUGCGUGAGCGCAGCAUCACCAUGAAUGCCCAGGACACGUGCGGCGUCUGCGAGAUGAUGCUGCUCGUCAAGCCCUUCUUCGCCUUCAUCUGCGGCCACAAGUUCCACAGCGACUGCCUGGAGAAGCAGGUGCUGCCCAUGCUCACCAAGGAGCAGACGCGUCGCUUGGCCGCUCUGCGUCAGCAGCUGGAGGCGGAGGUUCAGCCGCAGGCGCAGGCCCAGUCGAUGGCCCUCAGCAGGCAGCAGGCCAAGGAGCUGCAGCACAAGCGGGCGUCUCUAAAGACCCAGAUCGAGGACAUCCUGGCUGCGGACUGCCUGUUCUGCGGCCUGCUCAUCAACACCAUCGACCAGCCGUUCGUCGACGACUGGGAGCAGGUGAAUGUCGAGUGGGAGUAGCUUCGUUCGGAUCCACACACAUUAUAUAUAUAUUUAUGUACAUAUAGAGUAUUUAUUAAUAAACCUACACAGAUCACAAGAGCA